GGAAGUCGUUGCCAUUCGACCUCUGCGGGGCCUGCGCGGACGCAGCUAGAACCCUGAAAUUCAUUAUGCGUUUAAAACCUUUAUUUAUUUCCGCAUAACCUACAUACUCUCACCGGGAGAGCCAGGCGGAGAAAACAAACGACGGCGGGGCCAUCUCUUUCGGGGAAAGACAUCGCUUUUAAAUACACUGUUUAUUCGUUGUAGGGUAGGAACUGUAAAAAAAAAAGUGAAGAUAGUAAUAUAUUUAAAGAAGGAAAAAAAAUGUCCGGUGAGAGGAAUCGCAGGUCUUUAGCUUUCCGAGGAGGUGGAUCAGCUGGGUUAACGGGUUCCAGCGGCAUCGGUGGGGGGAACUGUAACAGCUGGGAGGCCCCGGCCUGUCAAGACCGACAUUUUAACGGGAAUAGGCUGGAUCAAGAGGAGGACAGGGAUCUGGGGACGAAGGGACCGUCGCAGAAGAGAGUGGAGGGGUCUGUGAGCGACAGCACGGAGCCCGAAGCUGAGGAGGAAGAGGACCCGGAAGGGGGCAGCUUGGCAGCCGGGGACGAUCGUGACGGGGACAACGGGUUUAGGGAGGGGAAUAGCUUGACAGCCGGGAACGGUCCCACCAACAACCCCGAAGAAGGACAAGAGUCUCGGAGCGUUGCGAGGGGAGCCGAGACCGCUUCCAGGAAAUCUGGGGUAGAGAUGAGACCACAGACGCUGCUUCAGAAACACUCAAUGUUCAACGCUUCGUGGUUGCAAGAUUUCCCAUGGCUCAAAUUCUGCCAAGAGACCGGACUCAUGUCUUGUUCUUGGUGCCACAACAUUGCCACUAAAAACAGCGACGAGCUCGUCAAAGGGACCCGAAACUACAAGCGGGCCUUGCUGCUGAGACAUCACCUGUCUUCCGAGCACGGGAGAAAUGACCCCACCAAACAGGAGACUGUGAGACCAUCCGACAACACCAGCCCCUCCACUAACUGCUCAGAGGACGACUAUCGCAACAAGCCCAACGAAAACUCCUACUGUUACCAGCUUCUGCAAGAGUUGGACAAACAGCGUAAAAGUGGCAUCCUCUGUGAUGUCAACAUAGUCGUCUCAGGCCAGGUGUUCCGCGCACACAAGAACAUCCUGGUGGCGGGCAGCCGCUACUUCAAAACUCUCUACUGUCUGACCAAGAGCGAGGCGCAGGACCAAGCCACUGUCACACACCUUGACAUUGCUGCCGUGCAGGGCUUCUCCGUCAUCCUCGACUUUCUCUACUCGGGAAAUUUGCUGCUCACAAGCCAAAAUGCCAUUGAGGUGAUGACUGUUGCGAGUUACCUCCAGAUGACGGAGGUUGUUCAGUCGUGCAGGGCUUUUAUAAAGGAUGCCCUGAAUAUUAGCAUUAAGCAAGAGGCUCCUGAUUCGGUGGUGGUGGACUACAACAAGAGGCAAACGGUGGCCAAAGAUGGACAGAAAGGGCUGGACCGCAAACCAUCCAACUUUUGGGCCACGAGUAUCCUUUCAAAGCUAUCAAUCAAGGCGAGCAGCAACCAGGGCAAGGAUGCAAUUGAUGAAGAUGAUGUGAACAGUAGGGUGAAGGAGGAGACCAGCGACGUGGAGGUGACGGCGGCUGGGGGCGAGGGCUGUGCCCUUGUGACCCCUGGGGCCUCCGGGAACUGGACCCACCACAACGACACCUCAUCUGAUUCUGCAGAGACCAACGACAUCCGGGCGACGAGUAACCAGACGCAGGUCUUCGUCUGGAACGAGCCGGUCGCGGGGGGCACCGCGGCAGCACCCACCGGGAUGAAGCGAGAGGCGACGGAUGCUGCCGCGGGAAGUGGGCGGAGGAAAAAACAGACCACCACAAGGCGAUUCGUCUACAACUUCCAGCCAGAGCCUGAAGAGGGAUUCGAUGAGGGGAUGUUCAUCCAGCCACCGGCCUCCUAUCCCAGAGAGGACUUCUCCUCACUCUCAGAAAAUGCUGAGCUGGCCAAUCAGAUCCAGUAUAGCAUCAUGCAAGACUUACAGCAAGGGGAGUCCUGGGAGAAUGGCGAGGCCUCACACCUAGCCCUCAAUAAGCUCAAGUGCCCGCACUGUAACUACAUCGCCAAGCACCGCCGCACACUCAAGAGGCACCUGAUCAUCCACUCAGGUGUGCGCUCCUUCAGCUGCGACAUCUGUGGCAAGCUGUUCACCCGCCGGGAGCACGUAAAGAGACAUUCCCUGGUGCACAAGAAAGACAAAAAAUACAAAUGCAUGGUCUGCAAAAAGAUCUUCAUGCUUGCAGCCAGUGUGGGCAUCCGCCACGGGUCACGGCGCUACGGCGUAUGCGCCGAUUGCGCCGACUCACACCAAGCCACUCAGGAGGGCCUGGAGGGCAUGGAGUUUCCUCGCGACGAGGACUUCGACGGGGAGGAAGUGGAGGACGUGGAGGGAGAGGAGCCCACCGACAACGACCAAUCAAACUGGGGUGAGGGCAGCGCUGCCGCCGCCCCAGAGGAGGACUGAGAAAUAGAAGAAAGCUUGAGAAACAAAUCUGAAAAAAAAAGUUGAUGUUUAAUAUAUAUUAAUGUAAACAAAACCUAGCUGGUAAACAAUCAACUCCAAAGUGCUAUCAAACCUCGAGGUUACUUAAUUGUGCAAGUACACAACAAAGAUGAUUUUUUUUUUUUUUUUUUCGCUUUAUCAGUGUGGGAACUCCAAGAUGUACAGAUUUUAUUAUGACGAUAAUAUGUCCAACUAUGGGCCAAGCGCCUAUAAGAGAAUGAUUCUAAUGGCGAAUUCUGUGAUGAAUCAGGUUUUUGGUGAUGUAUUUUUAUUUCCUGUUUGUUUUCGGGGUGCGCGUUUGGUGGGGUGUUGUACUUUUUCUUUUUAUUCAAGUUGAGGUAGGCCAAUCAUCUAAACAAAGAUAUGUUAAUUAUUUAAUUUAUGAAAAGAGCUUAUUAUGGUCUUAUUAAAUGCUAUAAUUUGUUUUUCUGUUGUCAUUUUUUCCGUGUUAGUGAGCAAGCGUAAAGCGUGUUGCUUGAAGCACACAGACGAAGAGCAUUAUUGUCCACAGGUAGAGUGAUACUUGCUCUGUAGCUGUUUAGAUGCGCUAAAUAUUUUAUUCGUUCCUGUUUUGUUUUUUCGUUUUUUUUUGUUGUUCUGAUUUCCUUUCCCUGCAGAAAUCUUGGAACCAAAAAAAUCUGUUUUGUGACUCUAAUGUAUCACAGCCAUAUUUAUGAUUUAAUUUAAACAAAAAACAAAAAAAAAAAGGCUGUGAUAUCGUGCCAAACAGACCGCACACCAAGAUUUAGCAGGAAACAAAAACUACUGAAUAUACUUAAAAGAGAAACAAAGACAACAUUGGGUUUGUUGUUUUAGAUAGGGUGGGGAAAUAUUAGAAAAAGAGGGGAAACGUUAUUGCUAGCUUUAUACAAAUCACAGCGUCACAGUAACACUUUAUUAUUAUUAUUAUUAUUAAACAAAAGCAUUUGACUUUCACUUAAAGCUUGAAUUUUUGCCAAAUGAUGAAACGUUUGGUGCUGUAAUGCUUGUCGCAGAAUACUGGACCUACAGGCUAUAUAUGAUGUUUAUAAUCAUAAAAGCUUAAACUGACUCAGUUAUGCAUAUGUAAUCAGCUUAAUCUAUAGAACACUGUUGUGCUACGGCGACUAUCAGGUAUGCUUUUGCCAUCGUUUUAAAGCUUUGUAUUUUUAAUUUAACGCACGCACACACCAUUUUUUUUUUUUUUUUGGUAAGACUACCAACUGUACUUGUGAUUGCCAUCUUGAGGACCUAAAUAGACAUCGAUUAUCUGUUUAGUUUAUUUUUUUUGGUACGGAGGUUGAAAGCUAAAAAAACACAAAUAUAUAUUUCUAAUCACUUGAACGUUGGUUUGUGAUGGGGCGGGGUUAGAAAAGCGCAGGAAGUCAUGACGCCUGAUGUUUUAAGUCUAAAGUAACUCCAUUUUUUUUUUUUUUUUUCUGUUUUGUUAAAGUCAUCAGUUUAAUUAGUCGUUCUAAGUGUGUGUGUUUAUUUUUGUUUUUCUUUUAAGGUCUGCCAGGUAGAAAAACACUUUGUUCCACAAAAAAGUGAAGCUCUAUGGCGCCUCAUAGACAUGCACUUACUUCUCAUGAAAAGGUUGUCUUUUUAUGUUUGUGUCUCUUCCCCCAAAAGCGGGUCUGAAUGGAACUAUAUAAAAUCUGUUGUCUUUCUUCCAGUCGCUUUUUUUUUAAAUAGAUGUCCUUUUUUUGUUAUUUAAUAUUAUAUAUAUACAUAUAUAUAUAGACUCCAAAAUGCAAUCAAGACUGUUAAUUUCUAUUUGUCCAACCAAAAUGUUUUUAUUAAUUAUUGUCUAAAUAUAAUGUAUGCGGAAAAGCCAGGUGAAUACUUGCGUAGUGUAGAGAAAAACAAAAAUCCUUGCUUGUGUCUGUAACUGAGAUUUAAAAAAAUAUUUUUACGCUUCAAAAUCAUUCACUUUACCUUUUUAAAAAAAAAUGUUUUUUGUUCUUUUCCACUAAUGUUUUCCUCCUUUGUUUCACCAAGCACAUGUCUUUUUUUUUUCUUUGUAAAGAAACACAGAUUGUUUGCGGGUUUAAACCUCGGAACAGCAGUAUCUGUUCGUAUGCAGUGAAAUUAUACAGUAUGUAUUGAAGUGCUAAUGAUACCGAAGAUGUGUAACUUCCUUUUGACGCUCAGUGGAAGAAGAUAUAUUUUAAGUCAUAGAGAUAUUCAUCCUCUUCGUGUCACUUUUACCUUCAAUUCACAGUGGGAGAGGUUAUGUUGUGGAUAUAUAUAUAUAUAUAUAUGUUGAGAAUAUAUGAGAUAAAUAUAUAUAUAUAUGUAUGAAGAAUAUAUGGAUUUAAUGGAAAACAGUCACAAACCUCCUACUGUGGUGAACUUUUGAACCUUUUGCUUUCUCCGUUCACACCGUGUGCUCGUUCAUCUCACCAUGUUUGUUCUUUUGAUACUAUUUACCAUCCUACUGAUUUUACUGUAAUGAAUGAAACUUAAAAGCUAUGAUGUAUCAUAAUAGAUUUCAUGCUGUAUUUGUUAUAUGGACAACAACAAAAGAAAAAAAACCCUCACAAAAACCGGAAAAAAAAACACACAAAGCAAAAACACUACAGAUGUAAAGCAGAGGUUUUUUUUCCCCCAGCUGUAUUUUUUUACGCUGUUGCAAAAAAAAAAAAAGGUUGUAUUUUUCAACUCUUCUCUUUAUCUCUCGGAUUUUAACAAUGAUGCAAAACCCGGGGCGGCGCCUCAGUGCCCUUUUUUUCCGAACACAAAGUAAAUUCAGGUUACUCUUUUUACGUUUUUAUCAAAGGUUUUCAAAGAUGGAACUACAUUUUCCUUUUUUUUUUUUUUUUCUGUCUGAAUUGUACUACUGUUCCUCUCUGUACUACAUUUUACGAAUAAAACUU